AGAAAAGACCUCACGAUCUAUUUCAUUCCAAUUUUAUUGAUAGGGACAUGCUGAGAAACCACACCAACAGGACCUGAUCUCAUGAUUAAAGCGGAAACUUCUUUCACGCAGUCAUAUUAACGCGGAAACUUUUUUAAGUAAAAGUCGUAUGUCAUUUUCCUUUAAAUUAUUAGGUAAGAACGUCUGAGAAGAAAUAAAGGAAGCAACGCGUCUAUCGAUAAAUUUUAGGAACGCAACAACUACCGUAAUAGGAAACAAUAGGGACAAGGAGUUGAGGCCCGUUCGUCUCAGAACUCUCAGAUCGCUUUGAUUUUGGCAUUCACGAUACUCGAUUCAGACAAUUGCUUCACCGCUCUUUUGCUUGUGCAUUAAUUCCAAGUUGAAGAAAAAUGGAUGGUGGAAAAGACAAGCGUGAUCACGAGUCUAGUGACAAAGGGCUGUUUUCAAGUCUUGCCGGAUAUGCUGCUGGACACUACCCUCCACAUGGAUACCCUCCACAGGGAUAUCCACCUCAAGGAUAUCCCCCGCAAGCCUACCCACCAGCUGGGUAUCCACCUGGAGCUGGAUAUCCUCCUCCAGGUGGAUACCCACCUUCUGGAUAUCCUCCCCCAGGUGGAUACCCUCCACCUGCUGGAUAUCCUCCCCCAGGUGGAUACCCUCCACCAGCCUAUCCUCCCCCAGGAGGAUAUCCCCCAUCCAGUUAUCCUGGUCCAUCAGCUCCAUAUCAUUCAGGACAUGGACCCGGUAUGGGAGCAUUGCUAGCAGGGGGUGCUGCUGCAGCAGCUGCUGCUUAUGGUGCUCACCAGCUCUCCCAUGGUGCUCAUAGUCUUGGACAUGGGGGUCACCAUGGCUUUGGACAUGGGGGUCACCAUGGCUUUGGUCAUGGAAAGUUCAAACAUGGCAAGUUUAAGCAUGGGAAAUUUGGCAAGCGCUGGAAGAAUGGCAUGUUUGGGAAACAUAAGUUCAAGAGAUGGAAGUGAUGCAGAUGUAACGUUCGCGUGGAGCUCAAGGCUUUCUUUCAUGUUAUUAUUCAAAGGGGGAAGGUUUGCUGUUAUAUGCUAACAAUAUUUUCUUUCUUGUAGUACCAGAAAUUAGUUCUUAAGGUCUUUUUUAUGUCUUUGACGAAAAUGUAAGUGUGUUGUUUAUUUGAUUUCGGUUGCUUUUGUUUCCUAAAAACAGAUGUCAAUGUGUCUCAUGAAAGAAUGAAAAAAAAUGCUGGCUUUGGGUUUUUGAUACCAAUCA